AGCUGUCCAAAGAGCAGAGAGGUAGAGUCAAGAAGGCAAAUAAUAACAACAAACAAAAUUCUAGAAAGACUGGUUAGGUGCUAAUCAGAGCCCAUGCAAUUGAACCAGGGCUGGCGAGCCAACCAGCUCAUCUGUUUCCUCACUGCUCUGCUGUUACAGCAGUUGUCACACUCUCGCGUCACCCCAGCCUGCCUGUGUGUCCCCUGAAAGCCAUGUGGGGCUGCCUGGUGGCCCUCGUGGGCCUGUUCUUCCUGGUGCGCUGGUACCGUGAGAGGCAGGUGGUGAGCCAGUUGCAGGACAAGUAUGUCUUCAUCACGGGCUGUGACUCGGGCUUUGGGAACCUGCUGGCCAGGCAGCUGGACAUGAGGGGCCUGAGGGUGCUGGCCGCGUGUCUGACAGAGAAGGGGGCUGAAGAGCUGAGGCGGCAGACAUCGGACAGAGUGGAGACGGUGAUCCUGGAUGUCACACAGACAGAGAGCAUCACUGUGGCUGCCCAGUGGGUGAAGGAGCGCGUGGGGGACAGAGGGCUCUGGGGACUAGUGAACAAUGCCGGCAUCUCUGUGCCCUCGGCCCCCAACGAGUGGCUAGUCAAAGAGGACUUUGUGAACAUGCUCAACGUGAACCUGCUGGGGAUGAUCGAGGUGACUCUGAACCUGCUGCCCUUGGUGAGGAAGGCCCGGGGCCGUGUGGUCAAUGUCUCCAGUGUUAUGGGCCGCCUGUCCCUGUUUGGUGGAGCCUACUGCAUCUCCAAGUACGGCGUGGAGGCCUUCUCAGACUCGCUCAGGAGGGAACUGUCCUACUUUGGGGUGAAGGUUGCCAUCAUCGAACCCGGCUACUUCAAGACCAGCAUGAGCAGUAGUGAGGUAUUCACGCGGAGCUUUGGAGAACUAUGGGACCGGGCCAGCUCAGAGGUCAAAGACUUGUAUGGCAAGAAGUUUCUGGAAACCUGUAUAAAAUCAACUAAAACCAUGGAACAAAAGUGCACAGAAGACCUAUCCUUGGUGACAGACUGCAUGGAGCACGCAUUGACCUCAUGCCACCCUCGCACCCGCUACUCCCCCGGCUGGGACGCCAAACUCUUAUACCUGCCUUUGAGCUACAUGCCCACCUGUUUGGUGGACACUUUGAUCUACUGGCAUUCCGCAAGGCCAGCGCAAGCCUUGUGAAACCAUAACCAGGAUACAGAGCUGGAUAUUGUGAAGAAAGACUUGAUAACUUGGCUGUAGAACAGAAAGUUCCGUUGACCUGGGCAACCGUUCAAGUCUCACAGUCAACAGCAAGGAACCCAUACAUUCAGAAGGCUUCAGUAGACUCCACCCACAUCCGUUCUGCAUCCUAUCCACCUGAUCAGGGUGUACCUUGGCCCUGACCAGUCUGUACCUUCCAACAGGAUAGAAAUUGCAUAUCAGGCUGGGUCUAGGACCCAGACACCAAUUUCUUAUUUAUCAGAACCAUGCUUGCUUGUUUGUAAAAAUUGUAAGAUUCACAUAUGCCAACGAUUUUAGCCUUGACCUGGGGAGACAUGGGCUUGUGGGUCUGUGGGUACAAGUGUCAGG